AUGCCGAUGCCCGCAGUGGUCAUCACAGUGCACAUGCCCAGGCAGAGCGGCCUGGGCACUUACUGCCCGAAUGCUGCCCCGGGGCACUUCAGUGAUAAAAGUGACAUCACUGGCGACAGCAGUGCUAAUAAUAGUGACAGCAGUGAUAUUAGUGACAUCACUGGUGACAGCAGUAAUUUUAGUGACAUCACUGGUGACAGCAGUGCUGAUAAUAGUGACAGCAGUAAUAUUAGUGACAUCACUGGUGACAGCAGUACUGAUAAUAGUGACAUCACUGGCGACAGCAGUACUGAUAAUAGUGACAGCAGUAAUAUUAGUGACAUCACUGGUGACAGCAGUGCUGAUAAUAGUGACAGCAGUAAUAUUAGUGACAUCACUGGUGACAGCAGUGCUGAUAAUAGUGACAGCAGUAAUAUUAGUGACAUAACUGGUGACAGCAGUACUGAUAAUAGUGACAUCACUGGCGACAGCAGUACUGAUAAUAGUGACAGCAGUAAUAUUAGUGACAUCACUGGUGACAGCAGUACUGAUAAUAGUGACAGCAGUGAUAUUAGUGACAUUACUGGUGACAGCAGUACUGAUAAUAGUGACAGCAGUAAUAUUAGUGACAUCACUGGUGACAGCAGUAAUAUUAGUGACAUCACUGGUGACAGCAGUACUGAUAAUAGUGACAUCACUGGCGACAGCAGUACUGAUAAUAGUGACAGCAGUAAUAUUAGUGACAUCACUGGUGACAGCAGUACUGAUAAUAGUGACAGCAGUGAUAUUAGUGACAUUACUGGUGACAGCAGUACUGAUAAUAGUGACAGCAGUAAUAUUAGUGACAUCACUGGUGACAGCAGUAAUAUUAGUGACAUCACUGGUGACAGCAGUACUGAUAAUAGUGACAUCACUGCUGACAUCAGCAUUGAUAAUAGUGACAGCCGUAAUAAUAGUGACAUCACUGGUGACAGUAGUGCUGAUAAUAGUGACAGUCCUGGUGACGUCAAUAAUAAUAGUGACAGCCCUGGUGACAGCAGUGCUGAUAAUAGUGACAGCAGUAAUAUUAGUGACAUCACUGGUGACAUCAGCAUUGAUAAUAGUGACAGCAGUAAUAAUAGUGACAUCACUGGUGACAUCACUUGUGACAGUAGUGCUGAUAAUAGUGACAGCCCUGGUGACGUCAGUAAUAAUAGUGACAGCCCUGGUGACGUCAGUAAUAAUAGUGACAGCCCUGGUGACAGUAGUGCUGAUAAUAGUGACAGUGGUGACAGCAGUAAUAAUAGUGACAGCCCUGGUGACAGCAGUACUGAUAAUAGUGACAUCACUGGUGACAGCCCUGGUGACAGCAGUGCUGAUAAUAGUGACAGCAGUAAUAAUAGUGACAGCCCUGGUGACGUCAGUAGUAAUAGUGACAGCCCUGGUGACAGCAGUAAUAAUAGUGACAGCCCUGGUGACAUCACUGGUGACAGCAGUAGUAAUAGUGACAGCCCUGGUGACGUCAGUAGUAAUAGUGACAGCCCUGGUGACAUCACUGGUGACAGCAGUGCUGAUAAUAGUGACAGUAGUAAUAGUGACAGCCCUGGUGACAUCAGUAGUAAUAGUGACAGCCCUGGUGACGUCACUGGUGACAGCAGUAGUAAUAGUGACAGCCCUGGUGACGUCAGUAGUAAUAGUGACAGCCCUGGUGACAGCAGUAGUAAUAGUGACAGCCCUGGUGACAGCAGUAGUAGUAGUGACAGUCCUGGGGACGUCAGUAGUAAUAGUGACAGCCCUGGUGACGUCAGUGGUAAUAGUGACAGUCCUGGGGACGUCAGUAGUAAUAGUGACAGUCCUGGUGACGUCAGUGGUAAUAGUGACAGCCCUGGUGACGUCACUGGUGACAGAAGUAGUAAUAGUGACAGCCCUGGUGACAUCAGUAGUAAUAGUGACAGCCCUGGUGACGUCAGCAGUAAUAGUGACAGCCCUGGUGACGUCAGUAGUAAUAGUGACAGUCCUGGUGACGUCAGUGGUAAUAGUGACAGCCCUGGUGACAGCAGUAGUAAUAGUGACAGCCCUGGUGACGUCAGUAGUAAUAGUGACAGCCCUGGUGACAUCACUGGUGACAGCAGUAGUAAUAGUGACAGCCCAGAUUAUCCUACUACAACUGUCGCCUCCUUCUACUCCACAUUAUAUCUCAGGCUCUCAUUGGAAACCAGUGCUGAAUUAUCCCUCUUUCUGGAUUAUCAAAUGCCAGACUAA